AUGGCAUCAGCCUGGAUUACAAUGUUUGCCACGCUGCUGCUGGCAUUUGUGAAUGGAACGAAAGAAGAGGUUCACACGUCUCCAUCUGUGCGGGUACACACUUCCACCCCUGUGGUGGCCUUGGGGUCACCGGUGACUGCCUCUUGCGUCAUCAGAGAUGACUGCCCCCUCAUAAAGGGACAAGCCGUUCACAUUGUCUGGCACCUCAACCAACGCCUUAUUCCCAGCAGUUCUGCAGCAGCCAAUGAGAGUGGUAGAAACACUGCAGCGGAUCGUAGGAGCAGUGGAGAUAAGAGCUGGAUAUUUGCUCAAGAAUUUGUAUUAUUUCUUAAUCUAAACAGGGAUUUACCAGAGAGCGACACGUACGUGCUGGCGCCAGGGGUACAUCACUACAGUAUACCACGUACCGCUUUUGUUCUCUUCUCAGAGUUAGAAAUAUAUGUCAAGGCGGCGAAUGCCUUGGGUCAAGCCACCUCAACACCUUUGCUUCUGGAGCCAUUGGAGUCAGGUAAGGAAGUAGUGAUUUGGGCUGUGAUUUACAGGAUAUGUGCAGCCAAGUUUGACCCUCCAAAAGUUCUGAAGGUCCAAGCAGAGCCAAACACGUAUGGCUGCCUAAGGCUCAGCUGGGGUCUCUCUGAACAGCAAGCGUGGGUGACCAUUGUGACCUUGGAGGUGCGGCUGAAAACAGCAAACAGCAAGCAGUGGAGUGAAGAACCAGUCCCAGUGCCCCGCUUAAUGCGCCAGAGACCCAUGGAGGUGUGUCGUCUGCUCCACGGGACAGAGUACCACAUCCAGAUACGGGUCAGGUAUCACCAGAGUCCAUGGAGCGAAUGGAGUAACAGCAAUACUGCAGUCACGUUUGAGAGGGCUUGGAUGAAGGUCUCUAGGGAGCAGAGGCAAAAGCAUCUCAGUGUAUACUUGUUUUGGAAGCCAUCGAAGCAGUUCCAUGCCAAUGGCAAGAUCCUGUCCUAUGUUGUCUCGCGCCAGAGACAACCCACGAAAAAGGGACAGUUGUGCGUCACAUUGGAUGUCUCUGACGUCAAUGUCCUUCCUCAUGAUGAGAGAUCACUACUGGUCCAGUGGACAAGUAUACAUGCAUCCAGUGUCACAGGCUAUGUGGUGGAGUGGAGGCCAUUGUGGAAAAUGGACCCUUCCCUCAUCUUUUUUGACCACAUUGACAGGAAUCAAUCCAGCACUCUAAUAUCAGAGAGCAUCGAGCCAUACAAUCCCUAUGGGAUCUCUGCGUAUCCUAGGUAUAAGGACGGAAUUGGCCUUCCUCAGACCGUCGAGGCGUACUCUAGACAAAAGGCCCCAUCUGCCACCCCAAAUCUGAGGGUGAGGGAGACGUUGCAUUCUCGUAUUGAGCUUACCUGGGAGGAAAUUCCACUAUGCCAGAGGAAUGGGAUUGUGCAGAGCUACCAGGUCUUCUACUGGGAUGAGCAGGGAAACACCAAAGGUGGAAAGAUGCUUAUUGUGAUGCUGUUGAUGAUACAGCUACAGAUGACUGAAAGUUCAUACAAAAGCCUUAUUUUGCCAGGCUGUCAUUGUAACCUCAAACUGCAGUUGCUGUGUCCCUCUUUUACAGUUGUGACUGCUGAGCUGGGAAAGAGGAGGGUGGUUCUAAGAGAGCUCAACCCUUCAUCCUCAUACAAAGCCUUUAUUAUGGUUAGCACAGGUGGCGGGAGUCUGAACGGAUCAGAGGUUACCCUCAAAACUGAACCAAUGGAUGCCUUUGCUAUCAUCUUGGGAGUUAUUUCCUCUGGUGGUGGGCUGUCAUUGCUCAUCAUUAUCUCAGUUCUGGUCUGCUUCUCAACACAUGAACGGUUGAAAAUGUGCUUUUGGCCCAAGAUCCCUGACCCUGCCAACAGCAGCAUCAAGAGGUGGACCGCGUUGGAUUCAAUACAGGUGCAGUAUUAGGAUUAUCAUGACAAAGUAUGUAUUCAGUGUGUGUUGAUAAUCCCUAAGUACAAGGUUUACAGUUUUUGGGGGCAUUUAUGCAGCUAUUCUAUUUAAUGUUUCUGUGGUUUGACCAAGUUGAUGCAUGUUUAUUUUUCUCUUUGAAGGAUAUUCAUGUUGUGUUCAUGUUGAUCAAUAUU